ACAGCUCAUUGUUGGCAAGUGCUGAUGAGAAACGCGCCGAGGAGGGAAAGCAGCGGCUCUGAGACUGGUUUAUGCAGCAGCAGCAGCAGGAAUAGCAAUAAUAUAAAGAUUAUACUCCACUUACGCGAGCACAGAGGAGGGGAAAAGACAACCGCUUGCUCUAUGCUGGGAGAUCUUUACUGACUGAUUUUAGCAACACGUUUGGAGCAAACAAGAGAGAGGGCGUGAGGUGAGUGGCGCGCAAAGUGGGGGUCUCUUUUUUGACGGGGGGGGCCUUCUUCCUGCAAUGCGAUCAAUGGGGAUGUUUGGAGGGGAGAGGGGGCCAAAGAGUGCAUUUUCAGGAGGACCCCUCAAUCCACUUCUUCUCGGAUUGCAAACAACCCUUGCAGACUUUAAAUUCCCAAAGUUGCUCUUGACAAGGAGAAAGGGAGAAGGUCGCGCGCCGCUCUGCCUUUCUUAUGUAAGCCGUUUUGUGCAAGGGCAUGCUAAAAAAAAUUAAAUAAAAGAAACGUACGCGGUUGGAGGCAAAUGAAUUCUGGUUGGGAGGAAGGGGGAUUGUUGAUGGUGUGCACGCUCAUUUAGCUCCGGGGUGUGCACGAGUUGCGGUGGGAGGGAUAGGCGGCUGUAUCCUUCCCCUUUCACAAGGUGCCUUCCUGCCUAUUGCAGGCUGGAGAAAAGAAACCCGGAGCCGCCUGAGAACUGUAAGGAAACAUUGCUGUCAGGAGGGAAGGACCUGUCCGGGGUAGAAUUCGUGCCGCGAGGCGUGAUUACCCUGCAGACGGUUUCCUAAGGAGAAAGGCAGUUUAGUGAGAAAAGCAGCGCUGGUUGCUGGCAAGCGCGCACGCACACACAAUGUUUAUCUCAGUCUUUCUUUCUCUCUUUCUCUGUAAACAUUAACUUUUAAAGGCUGGAAAUGGCAGACCACAUGAUGGCCAUGAACCACGGGCGCUUCCCCGACGGAACCAAUGGGCUUCAUCACCACCCAGCGCAUCGAAUGGGAAUGGGUCAGUUUCCCACCCACCACCACCAGCAGCAGCAGCAACAUGCCUUCAGUGCCUUGAUGAGCGACCAUAUACAUUACGGAGGUGGAAAUAUGAAUGCAAACAGUGGGAUCCGGCACGCCAUGGGGCCGGGGAACGUGAACGGGGGCCACCCUCCCAGCACUCUGCCUCCGACGGCAAGGUUUAACAAUUCCCAGUUCAUGGCUCCUACGGUUGCCACCCAGGGGGGGCCCUUGACGGCCAGCAUGCAGCUGCAGAAGCUCAACAACCAGUACUUCAGCCACCACCCGUACCCUCACAACCACUACAUGCCGGACUUGCACCCUGCCAGCCACCAGCUCAACGGAGCCACCCAGCAUUUCAGAGACUGCAACCCAAAGCACGGCGGAGGCAGCAGCGGCGGAGGCAGCGGCGUGCCGGCCUCUGUGCCCCACGUCCCUGCAGCAAUGCUGCCUCCCAAUGUCAUAGACACUGACUUCAUCGACGAGGAGGUGCUUAUGUCCUUAGUCAUAGAAAUGGGCUUGGAUCGCAUCAAGGAGCUUCCCGAGCUGUGGUUGGGACAGAACGAGUUUGAUUUCAUGACGGACUUCGUUUGCAAACAGCAGUCCAGCAGAGUGAGCUGCUGACUUCUUGCCAAACAAGAUUUGACUUUUUUUAUCUGUAUGAAUGAAAACAUUCCCUCUAGACACAGUAUUUCAAAGGCUUUUAGGAGCUCAAGUAUCUGGGAAGCAGAGUAAACUAUAAGCUUGUAUAAUUGUUUCCCCCCUUUUAAAUUGGCUGCCACUUUUUUCUUCUUCUUAAACGUGGACACUCCAUUAUGCCCUCCCCUUCCCUAUAAUAAUUUUAACUGAUUCAGUCUUUUUUAGUAAUUCCUCAGCUAUAAUUUCUUCACUGGCAACAUACCAAUUAUUUCAACUGUUAGAUAUGAAUAUUGGCAAAGUGCUUAAUAUUGUGGAUUUUCUAUAGGCUAUCAUUUCAGAUAACUGAAAACUGCAUUCAAAUUCUGAGUUGAAGGACAAAAAUAUUGCAUUAGUUGGUUGCAUGAACUUCAGGGUAGAUUCCUGCACAAAUACUGCCCUCUUGCUUUGUUUUUAACUAUGCAUUUGCAGUGAAACUAAUUUUUUUUUUUUUUUAGUCUGCUGAACUGGAAGCUUAACAAAUGUGGGCCAAACCCUCUCUGAUCAGGAAAAAUAGUACUGUUACUUAAACUCUGCUGUCUGCACCCUUUCUUUCCUCCCUACCCCCCAAUCUGUACAGACAAUAAUAUAGUGUGAAUGGAAUGGUGUCUAGUUGUUGGGGAAAGCAUUUCAUAGGAUUUUAUUUUAUUCUGGUUCUAUCGUCAGCAUAUUUUCAUUUUGGCAUUGUGCUUACAUAGUUUAUUCAGUACAGGGGGGGCAAACUACUGUGUUGAAAGCUUUUUAGGAAAUUUGACAGUAUUUUUGUACAAUUUUUUUGAGAACAUACUUGUUAAUUUAUUCUAUUUUAAUUUGCCAAUGUCAAUAAAAAAAAGUUACUUGCUUUAAUUUUUUCUAGACACCAGUUACCAAAUUUUUUUCUUUAGAAUUUUGUUUUUUUCUCCUCUCCACCUCACAAAUGUUUGAUACAUAUAACCCAUUUAACUUGUUGAGCUGUUGGGUUGUGUGAAACAUUCUGAAAGAAAAUCUACAUGACACCAUUGUAUGCUAUAUGUCAUGAUCAGUGCAGAAAGUUUUUUUUUUUAAAGGAUUUAAGCCUAAUUAUGACAUCAGUCUCAUAAGUAACAUUGUAACAUGCCUGUGUGAUUUUAUCUAAAGUGAAAUUGCCAAGAGGCAACAACUUUGUGAUUUGCCAAUUUACUUGCUUUAAAUGUAGUCGUCCAGAAUUAUGAUGCAUAAAAGUAUUUAUUCUAUUUAUCUAUUAAACUUUAAUUUUAUAAAUACUCUC